CACAAUAUCUUCGAAGCAAGAAAAAAGUAGAACUCAAAUGGCUAAAGUUGCAGCGUUUGCCAAAAGUUCUAGAUGGUCACUUAAUGGUUUGGCUGCUCUCGUCACUGGUGGCACUACUGGAAUUGGUCAUGCAGUUGUAGAGGAGCUAGCUGGACUUGGUGCAAAAGUGUACACAUGUUCCAAGACAGAAUCAGAGCUUAAUGAGCCAAUGCAAGAUUGGGCAGACAGAGGCAUACAAGUGAAAGGCUCAGCAUGUGAUGUUACUUGUAGAGACCAAAGAGUUGAGCUCAUGAAAAAAGUUUCCUCUGAAUUUGAUGGAAAACUUAACAUUCUUAUAAACAAUGUUGGAACAAACAUUUGGAAGCACUCUAUCGAUUAUAAUGCUGAAGAUUAUGCACACAUGAUGGCGACAAAUUUAGAAUCUUCAUUCCAUUUCAGUCAACUUGCUCAUCCUCUUCUUAAAUCAUCUGGAGCUGGAAGUAUUGUUUUCACUGCCUCUGUUGCUGGUCUUGUCCAUGUCUCUGGUACUUCUAUUUACGGAGCAACAAAAGCGGGAAUGAUUCAGCUUACACGAAAUCUGGCUUGUGAAUGGGGAAGAGAUGGUAUUCGUGUUAAUGCUGUUGCACCAUGUUACACAAAUACGCCCCUCGUGAAACAUUUGCUCAAGGAUAAAGAAUUUUCGGAUGCCUUAAUAUCAAGAAUUCCUCUUGGGCGUUCAGGAGAAGUGGAAGAAGUUUCAUCCCUCAUCGCGUAUCUCUGCCUUCCUGGUGCUUCUUAUGUCACUGGCCAGAUUAUACCAGUUGACGGAGGAUUCACCGUCUAUGGCUUCCAACAGCCUGGCUAUUAAGUUAUACUUGUGGUUGUUUGAAUAAAAGUCUUGAUCAUGUUAGCAUUUGCUCAUCUUUAAUGUGUUAAACAAGUGAUAUUGUACUGAAGAUUAUACUUCA